AUGCGACUUUAUAUCCGCAGAGUGACAGAAGCGCUGAAAGUCACUAACCAAGACCAAAAUCACACCCUUCCAGUCUCAGAUGAUCUAAAAGAUGAACUUUUAACCUGGGUCCAGGCUAAAUACAUCACAACAAAAAGAUCAUGGCUGAAGAAGGGCUUAAAGCCUGUCGAAUUCAAAAUCUUCACGGACGCCAGCAGUGGGGCGGCCGGGGUCGAGUUUAAGGGGAAAGGAAUUACGGAAACGGUUUAUUGGGAUCCAGAGGAUCCUCUGUCCCAACAACCUAUCAUGAUUAAAGAAGCCUACGCUGUCCACUACGUGGUUAAAAAUUACGGCCAUCUUCUCAAAAACUCCAGAGUCCUGUUUAAACAGGAUAACAAGGCAGUCGAAACCUGCUUCUUACAUGGGAGCAGGAAAAGCCCAGAAUUAACAAAAUGGAUCAGGAUGAUCCAUGAGGAGGCAAAUAAAUAUAAUAUUGCCAUGGAUAUGGAGUGGGUCUCCACAACGGAACAGGAGGCAGAUGAAGCCUCGAGAAAGAUUGACACGAAGGAAGCUGUGAUAAAAAAUCAAGCUUUCCUCAACCUAAACAAGGCCCUGGGAAAAGAGUGCACUUUAGACGCUUUUGCUAACCCAGCGAAUGCGAAGUGCGAAAAGUUCUGGUCAUUAAGGGACACAGCCGGAGCUGCGGGAGUCGAUUUCUUCACCCAAGAGGAUUUCGGAUCCGAAGUCCUCUGGGUUUUCCCACCAAAACCUAUGGAGGAUUUCGCGUUUCAGCUUCUCCAGGAGAGGGGGAAGAAUAAUUUUUGGAUUUUCUGUCUAGAAGAACACGAGACAGCGUCCCCAAUCUGGCCCGAGGUCUUAAAUAAUGCUUAUUUCAGGAUCCUGGACCCAGAAACGAAUAAUCCGGUGCUGUUUCCUGCGAAAGUCCGCUCGGAAGAGUUUGGAUUUUGGAGAGAACCGUCUCACGUUUCCUUUUCUUUUAUAGGUCAUCAUCCUGAGAACAUAGAUCUAUGUUCAGAAUGGACAGGAAACAAAACUUCAUCGAAGCGUGCCGCUGGCGCUCCAACACAAACCUCGAGAACAAAAAGAAUGCGAUAG